CUGAGAAGCAAUUUAAAACCUUGGUUAGGCAUAGUUAAAACCAAUUCUAAGCUAUAUGAAAUAUGUUGCAAUGCUGUUGUCUUUUUUUUUUCUUUUUUCUGUUAAUUGUAGUGGGUUUUGGCUUUUUGUUGAUUUUUUUUGUUUGUGCUUUGGUUUGAUUUCUGGAGUUCAGUUUUCAGGGGAGGGGGGUUGGUUUUUGUUUGUUUGUUGAUAUUUGGGAUUUUUUUGUGUGUGUGUUUUUUUGUUUUCUCUUUGCUUUUGCACUGAAUUGAUGCACAGACCUCUAUCUUGUCUCAGUUACGGGAUAGAUUAGAUGGGACAGGACAGGUCAAAUAUCAUAUCUGUCUUGCUAAUACAAUUACUUUGUUUUGGCUUACCUUCUUAGCAGGCCAGAAGAGCACUCAUUCUGUGCUGUCCCUUUCUCAAAUGCUUUCCUCAUAAUUUAACUGAAAAAAUGAAAUAAACUCUUUAAAAACAUCAUUAAGUUUUUGGAACCGAGCAAUUGGAUUUAUCAUGUUUUCAAUGUGUAACUUUUCCAGUGGUAGAUAAUUACAAUGCCUGUAUGAAUACACUAAAAAAAGAAUGAUUAUAUAAAUGUUAACUGUUUUGCAGAGAGCACUUAUUUGCUAUUUAAGAAUAACACUGCAGAUUUUAUGGAAUUACUACAAAUGAGAAGAUGGAAGUUUUGAGGUCUAUUGUUAAUUCUUAAUUGAAAAAUGAGUUUCAAAGUGUGAUUUCACAUGGCCUCAUGUAUUCUGCUGUGUGGUACUGGAUGGUGACCUAGCUGUCAUCUUUAAAACUCGUUAGAAGGUACUGUUUGUGUCUGGGCAGAUGAAGGUAGGAGAAAGGUCAUGCUCAACUUUUUUUUCACUGGGGAGCUGGACAACAGAAAAGAAGAAAGAAGGCAUUUUUGUUCAUGACUCUCUAUAUAAAUUUCUUGUUCUGUGUCUUAUACCUAGUUCAGGUCUUCAUGGGUUCUCUAAGCUGCAUAUAAGUUAAACCAAGAGUAAGUAAGCAAGAAGCUUCUUGAAGUUCUCCAGAAAUAUCAGGAGCAGCAGAUGAGCUGGGUAACUCACCAGUGGGUAGGUCAUGGUAUUUUCCUGGCUGAAGCUGAACUUAAUGCUAGGGCUGUGAAAGCUAGUCUAAAUGUUGACAAGUUUAGUCCUUCCACAGAAUUUCUGCAUGUUAAUUUGGUGUUUUCAGUAUAAUCCUUAGUGGUUAAAUUAGUAUUAAAUAUAUCUUCUCAUAUAUUAUCUUACACAGUUAAUGGCAACACAGUGUUUAUAAAGACACUGAGUAUUCUGUGCAGACAUUACAAGUCAGAUUCUCAGGAGACAUUGUUUCUCCAUGUUUAUUUUGUUCAUUUAAUAAAAAGAAAUGAAGUCAGUAAAAUCCAGAAUUUUUAAGGUGAGAUGGUUUAGUGACUUCAAUUAACAGUAACUUUCUAAGUAAUUGGUCAUAGAAUUUUUCUGCUUUAGGAUAAGAUAUAAGAGUAAUGCAAAUAUGUGGUUAGAGGUGGUGAUGAAAAGCAGGUAGUUACUUUUUUUUAUUGCUAGUGGAACUUUGGUGAAUUUCAUUUACAGCAGAUUUUAGUUCAUAUAGCUUCUUUUGAUUGGGUGAGAUAGUCAAGAUCUGGGGAACCUUUGGGUCCUUCACAAUGUCUGAAAAUUCAAACCACAAAUUCUAAUGAAACACAUUUAUCUUGAUAAAAUUUGACAUUUUACCAUACAUUUACCUCACCUAAGGAAUGUAGAUUCAUAAUGCAAUGCAACAAUAAUCUUUCUGGUUUUCUGCAAGAUACUGAGUCAUGCUUACCCCAAUCUUAUAAAUUAUUACUGACAUUUGUGUUGGUGUGUAUUUUAGUCAGUUAUUGUUCAUUAGUUCCAGAUGUUAGUAACUUACAUUGUUCACAGGAAGCAGAAAUAUUUCAGUCUUUGAGAUCACCAAAUUCCUACUUUAUAAUCUCUGAAGGGGAUGAAAUUUCAUGUCUAAAACAUACUUCACCAUACACAUGCUGUGGUGGUUUGUUGGGUUUUUUGAGGGUUGGGUUUUUGAUUGGUUAGUGUUUUUUUAAAGAAAACGGAGGGCAUAUAAGUAUUGCCCAGUGCUACUUGUUUUGUUGAUUUAAGAUUUCUCUGUUAAACUCUGCUUUAAUGGAAGCGUGAAAAGUAGAGUAUUUUGGACAAACACUAUAAGGAGUGUUUUUUCAUAUGUAUUACAUUUGAAUAAAAUACUGCAUUUGCAGACCAUGUCUUUUACAUAGUCCUUUUAGUGACUUUUUGUUGCCCAUGGUUUUUUUUCUGUGAGCUGAGUAAGCUUACUGCCAUUUUGCAGAAAUUGUAUGGAGCGAUUGCCAGAGCUCAGAGAAAAGCUCUUGUCUCUGUGUUUCCCAUUCCCUUUGGUUUUGGUUUUCUUUGCUUUUUAACAGGCCAUUUUGAACACGGAUCCAUUUUUAGAAGUGCUGUACAAAAUGUGACUGGCCCAGCAGGGAGCUGUAAAGUUUUGUUCCAUGAACUGCAUGGGUAGUGUGGUUUGGUUUGGGGUUUUGUUGGUUGGUUUUCUUUUUUCUUUCCUAAAAUAGGUGUUGGAAUGCUAAAAGUGUGGUAGGUUUUGCAUAUGGGUGAUGUUCCCAUUUUCAGGAAUCCAAGUACAUGGUAAUGCAUUUUUUGUAGUUAUACGAGUGGCUGAAAGCAUAAUCUCUUCUCUCCUCAUUCCCAUGGUGCUAACAGUUUGGGUCUUACUAAUCAAAAGGAAAAUGAAAACCACCGAUUUAUGUGCAAAGGAACAGGGUUCUUGAGUGGAUGCUAAAACACCUUCCUCCCCCCACCACUUUUAAUAAAUACAUAAAUUAGAUGUUCAUGCUUUGAAUUAGAAACAGAUGCAUGUAAUAAAGUCAUGACUUCAACUGAAUUGAUUGCUAUACCGUUUUAAUGCAAGAUGCAUUGUCAGAACUGCGGUCAGCGUUCUUGUGUCUGUGAUUCUAGAAAUAUUAGCUUUGUACUGCUGACAGGUAAACUUGAAGGAUAGACUAUCAGGAGUUAGAUAAAUUUCUAAUAGGAUAGUAGUCUCAAAUCUACUUGAUUUUUUUUCCAAGAGAAAUACAAUUUUCAAAAGAAAACCAGUAGUUUACUCUGAAAAAAUGUAUAGACUCCUUUUUUUUUUUUUUCCUUGCAAAUGCUGUACUUUAAAAGAAGAAUUUUCCUGUAAUGACUUUAUUUUUUCAUUUAUGCACCAACUGAUUUGGAUAGUUUUUCACUACUAAAUCAUAGUUGCUUGGAACCAUUCUAACAUGGCUUGAUUAUUUUUUAUGUUCCUCUUAAAGUUCUAAAUUGUCUCGAUUUGCACAGCUGAAUCUUCUAUUUUGAUAGAAAUUUGGGAGCGAACAAUUUCAGGCAGGAUUUGAAAUGGAGUGGAACAGACUGCUGAAUGAAUUCAAUACUGUUAAUAUAUGGAAAUCACGUUAAAACAGCUGACUUGUUUGGUUCUUUAGGUGGAAGUAAAUGGUUACCAAGUUCUUAGAACUGUCUGGAAUCUUAAAUACUUAAUCAUGUUAUGACUGUUAUUAAACAGUUGAAUUGGACCUUUAUUCUUUAGCUGUAAAAUUCAGUAGAUUUUUUUAAGCAUGUACUGUCUUUGAAGGAAUUAUGAGUAAGCCGAAUUAUUUACUGUCUUCCGUCAUCUUGAUUUUCAGAUUGAGAUCAGUCAGCUGUUUAGUAAAUAACAAAAUUCUGCAUGUAAAUUGAAGUGAGCAAAAUGUGGGAAUUUUGAAGUUGAUGAGAAUACUCAUACUGAGGAUUUUCCAUUUCUGGAAGAAAGGGAGUGCAACAUAUUAGACUGUUACAGCCUGGAACUUAUCUCGUUUAGACACUUUCUCACCCCUUUUCUACAACAGAAAAGCAGAUAGAAUUAUUUUCAGUCCUCCCUCCCCCAUUUCCUGCCCUUCCUGUACUUUCUGCUGAUACAGCCUUCUGCUGUAAAAUAUCUUCAAAUAAACCACAGCAGCUAAGAUAAUUAUUUGAUAGACAGUUUUCUGCUUCAGAAAUGUACACAAUUUUCUGUGUCUUUCAAACACUAAUGUGAGAAAAAUUUGGGAAUUACUGAACUUUUAGCUGACUCUUAAAUGAAUAAUAAUUUGAUCUGUUUUGGUUAGGAGAAGAAAAAUCAGGGAAAGGCAUGUUUUGGACUAGCUGUCAGAAGGCUCAGGGCCUUUCAUUUUCAUUUGCUCUGUGGUGGGCAUUUUUUUUUGUUUGUUUAAGGUUUGUUGUUGUUUUGGUUUGGUUUUUUUAGGUCAAGGUACUAGGGAUAGAUUUCAUAAUGGUUGGAUUUAUGUUUUUUUUUUCUUUUAUUUUAGACAGACUUUGUGAAUUAAAUGCUUCAAUAUUUAAAAUUGUCUGGAUUGGGGAAAUCAUUUUGUGUGACCUUUUUUCUCUACCUAUUUUGAGAGAACUGAACCGAUAUUUUAAGGUGUUGUCUUUGAUUAGUACCUAUUGAAUGAUGCAGUUAAUAGUAGUUAUUUUGAACACAGCUGGUCUUACUACUUUUGACUGCAGCAUCUGCUCUUCAAGGUCACUUCUCGUGGGGGAGUAGGAAGUCGUUUGCACGUUGGAGGAAGAGAAAUGGCUCUGAGGAUAUAAUUGCUUUAAUUCCACCGACACGGGCAAAACGUGGAAAAGGCAGGCAGACAUUUUGGCUUUUUCUGUAGCGGCAGUCGCCGGAGAAAUAUGAUUGAGUACAUUAUGAUUUGUUGUCUCAGAGUCUCCUACUAAAAACAAACGGAACAAACUACGAAACAAACCAUGCUCCCCUCUCUCCCCCCCCCCCCCCCCCCCCCCCCCCCCACCCCCAGGGGGGGCGGGGGGAAAAGCCCAAGCUGGAAAGAAAAAAAUCCGGCCUAAAUCCAGUGCUUUGGAGGCUGCGGAAGGGUCCCUGUACUUUAUUUGGGGUCGGUUGCCAGCCCUGUGCGCGGCAGGCAGAGGCUGCCGCAGGUCAAGGGCUCAGCCCUUCAGCGCUGCGUAACCGAGCUGGUGCGUUUCUAACUCCCACAUCAAUGGCUCCUCCUCUCUGUGAAAACGUUUUGUGUUUGAAACUGAGCUUUGUCAUAGCCAGUGGUGUGAGAGGGAGGAAGGCACAGCCAGGGGAUGCGGGUGACUCUGCCCGAACGUUCUGGAAGCGGGGUGGUGCUUCCCGCAAACUGCAGAUGCAGCUCUCGCCCGCGGGGGCUGCCGGCAAGUUCAGGCGUGGACUCCCCAUAGCGGACUGGAGCCUGGAACAGAAAAUGCUCCAAGACUCUUAUUUUUCCAGUAUGUGUUUUAAUGUGUUAAGAACCAUACUAGUAUUCAGGGAUUCGUGCAUAAUGCAAUAGAGCUGGGGGGAGGGUAGAAACAUAGUCAUAUUUGGGAAAUCUAAGGGGUUUAAAUUUUUUUUUUUUUUUAAGGAGUACUGGUGCCCUUUCUUUUUAAGCUCAGAAGCUGUUAAUCUGAUGAUUCAUUCUGCAAAUGACAACAGAACCACUGAAAGAUGUAUUUUGCAUGUGCUUAAAUGCAGUAGCAUACAUAUAUCAGUUUGAAAGUAAGGUAAAUCAAAAGAUAGAGGUAACAUAAAAGGGAUGUUAGGGAUUAUUGUCACUUAAAUGUGACAGGCAUUCUGGAAAAAUAAUUAGCUUUCCCUUACAAAUCACUCUGGUGUUUUGGAUGCAAAAGGUGAGGAUAAAUUAUAACAACAAGUUAGGAGUACUUUACAUUGCUAAAUAUUUCCAAAUACAAAAAUAGUAUCUUUUUAACAUUACAGAUGAGCAUAUUGUGUUAUGCUCAAAUAACCUAGAACCAGCUGUAAUUAUGCUUGCAGCAUAAUGGGAUGCAGAAAAUGGGACAUAUAAUUUGACUUGACACUGUUGGCAUUCUAAAGAGGAACAAUGCAGGGAACUAGAAGAGGCCAGGGGUGUAAAGCAGGCUAUUUUGGUCCUGAGAUGCUCUGCCAUGUUCAGAUUAAUAAGCAUCCCUGUUCCAUUACUUUCUUUUUCACUAAAUGGUGCCAGGCUGCAACUACAGCUGUCUAUUCCUAAAUGUGUAGCUAGGCAAACUUAAUUUUAUUUAAGGUUUCACAAAUUUGUGUUUAUAGCUAGUAUAAUAGUGUACCUAUUUGCAUUGGUUCUUUCAUACCCUAAGAGCUCUUGCAAGGUGGUAGGUGAGGAAGAAGAGGUAUUGGCGAAUUAAUCAUCCUUUACAAACACACACUCACUCUUAAAGCCUGGCUUCUUUUUUCUUUCCCCAAAAAAAUUACAGUGUCUUUUAGAACACACAUUUGUCAAAUGUAACCUAUUCAUUUAUUUAACUGGAUUUUUACUGGAAGAAAAAAGGGAUGAAUUUAAAAUUAGGUAUUAAAAGUCAAAGUGAGGCUGAAAUCCAAGCUUCUGCUGCUAUCACUCUACCUUAGAGGUACUUGAAAAAAUAAUUGUGGUUGAGAGAUUUUUUUUCUUUCCCUCCUACACCUAACUAAUUAAGAAAAGUUACAUGUGAAAUAGAGACAACAGAUUAAUUGGCCAGACAUGUUACUUGUCAGUACUAGGUUAAAAAUGAAUUUGUCUUACUUGGAACUAAUAUUUAUUUCUUGUUGGAAAUCUGCAAAAUACUGGAAAUACUAGGUUAAGAAUACCUGGUUGUUGAGCAUAGUGUAAUUUUUCUGGUGUUAUUUCUGUUACUACACAAUGACUGUGAACAGUGUGUGUAGCAUCCUACUUGAAACAGGCUGCAAGGUGAAAAUUAUUUUGCAGUCACUAUUGUCAAUUUUCAUUUAUAUGAACAAAUGAGAGCAGCACUUGACUUCUGACAAGGAUCUGGAUUAUUAGUAAGCAAAUACCUAGAAAGGUAUAUUCUAGAACCCGUGGGGAGGGGCAAGGCUUUGCCUAGCAAUAUCCUGCUGCAGUUUAGUCUUGAAAUCAGACCCCUUUAUGUAAAUUUUUACUGGCGCCAGCUAGCUGUAACUGCAGUCUGGCUCCGUGUCGGCAGCAGCUAACAUGUGUCAUGGACUUCUUCAUGCUGGCUGCAGGAGCACUCUGGUUUCCUGACAGAAAAAGCAGCACUGAUGAAUGUGAAAAGAUGUACAAAGGAAUAAAGGAAUCUAGGUGUAAUUAGAUUGCUAUUCUUUCUGAAUUUUUAAGGGCUAAGAUGGAUAGCACAGAGGAACCUCAAAAAAAAGUCUUUAAAGCACGAAAAACAAUGAGAGUAAGUGAUCGGCAACAACUUGAAGCUGUCUAUAAGGUUAAAGAGGAGCUGUUGAAGACAACUGAAGUGAAACUGUUAAAUGGAAAACAUGAGAAUGGAGAUUCUGAUAUGAAUUCCCUUUUAAGCAAUACAGAUUGUACGGAAGUCAAGAAAGAAAUUAAUGGCAUGGUUGACUUGUGUGUUAACUCUGAAGAAGGAAGAACAACUUGUGAUGAAAUUAUUGAGACCAAAAGCCCAGAAAGUAGGGCAGGAAACAUAGUCAAUGACAUAGAAUCCAAACCUCUAACGCUGUCUUCUGAAAAUGUUACUCCUGAACAAGCUAAAGAUACUGACAUUGCAGUAAAGUGUGAGGCUGAAAAUGGAGUUGGUAGCAGUAAAGAUGACUUCCAUGAAGAAAAUAAUAGAAAAGAUCAAUUGGACCAAAGAAAGAAUGAUAUCCCAUUGGAAGGGGAAAGUAAACCAGUCUGUGAUAUUAGUGACUCUUCUGAAGAGAAGGGAGAAACAAAUUAUCUACCUGUUAAUUCCAGUUCAUCUGGUGAGGAAAAGAGGACCGAAGAAGUAACUGUUGAAGAGGUUGUUGGAGAAGCGGCCAUCUCUAGCAGUAUGGAAGCUGACCAGGAAAAACAAGAAGGCAGUGCAGGACCUUCAGAAACCACUGUUUCAAAGACAAGAGAUGAGCCAAGUGAAAGUAUCUUGGACAAUACAGACUGUAUGGAAACAGAUGAUAUUAUUCCAAUUCUGGAAAAACUAGCCCCUGCUGAAGAUGAUCUGAGCUGUUUUUCUAAAAGUUCUCUGCUUCCAGUGGAUGACACAGUCCCAGAUUUAGAAGAGAAAAUAGACAAUUGUUUGGGUUCACCAUCCAAGCAGGAAAGCAAUGAAAGUCUGCCAAAAGAGGCUUUCUUAGUACUGUCGGAUGAAGACGAUCCCUGUGAUGAGAAGGAGGAACUUGUUGAAGGGACAUUGCCAAACAAGUCAAGUCUUCCAGAAGAGGUGGAGGGGGAGAGAAAAAAGGAGUGUGAAGAUAAAGAAGGAGAAGAGGCCCACAAAGAAGAAGAGAAACAAAUAGAGAAAAGUGAAGCAUCAAAGAGAAAGCGUUCCAAAUCUGAGGACAUGGACAAUGUUCAUUCUAAACAUCGUCGGUACAUGGGAGAAGAUUAUGAAGCAGAACUCCAAGUCAAAAUUACAGCCAGAAAGGAUGUUGACUUAAAGUUACAAAAGAUAAUCCAGAGACUGUUAGAAGAAAAACUUACCAGUUUACAGUGUGCGGUAUUUGACAAGACUCUGGCAGAUUUGAAAACCCGAAUGGAGAAAGUAGAAUGCAACAAGAGGCAUAAAACUGUGCUUACUGAAAUGCAGGCUAAAAUUGCGAGAUUGACGAAGCGGGUUGGAGCAGCCAAGGAGGACUUGAAGAAGAGACAGGAGAGUGUGGCAAAUGCACCUGUAUCUCCAGGGAAAGCAGCACCCGACCCUGCAAAUGUAAACAAUGCCACAUAUCGAAAUGCUGGCACAGUAAGGCAAAUGCUGGAGUCAAAGAGGAAUGUAGGAGAGAGCACACCAGCAACUUUCCAAGCCCCUGUGAAUCCAGUGCCUGCUUCCAGUCUUGCUGCUUCUCCAGCAGUUGCCAGUGGACAUCCUAAGCUUCAGACUCCAGUGUCCUCUACCAGCUCUUUGACAACAGCAGUGCUUCCCACAGCUAACACGACUCCAGUUGUAGGCACUAACCCAGUGCCCACUGGCAGCACUCAGUCAGUGUCUGUCUCACUGCAGUCUUUGCCCGUAAUCCUGCAUGUACCUGUGGCAGUGUCGUCCCAGACUCAGCUUCUGCAAAGCCACACAGGGACUUUGGUCUCUAACCAGCCGUCAGGCAACGUUGAAUUUAUAUCUGUACAAAACUCGUCUACAGUUGGUAGCCUUACCAAAACGACAGUGUCUUUGGCAUCAACUAACACAACUAAACCAAAUAACAUCCCACUUGUGCCCAGUCCUGGUAUUCUAAGGAACUCUACAGCCAGUGCUGGGUCAAUAGGCACAACGUUGACAGUACAGGCUGUUCCUACUACACAUCCUGUUGCCCAGACCACAAGGACUUCUUUGCCCACAGUGGGUACUCCAGGACUUUAUAAUGCCACUGCCAGUCGAGCGCCCCUACAGAUGAAGAUUCCUCUCCCUGCAUUUAGUAGUACAGCUCCUACUGAACCACCCGCCAUUUCAGCACCCAAGAUUGAAAACCAGACAAGCAGGCCACCAACAGAUGCUUCGGCAAACAAGCGACCUGCUGAGGGAACAACGCAGCAGUUGAAACAGGAAGAGACUCCAUCAGAAAAUAAAGAAGCAAUAGAAGCAGCACAGACGAAUUUUAACUUCCCUGAGGAUGUCCUCUUUGGCUUGGAGGAAGAGGAAGAGGAUGCUAAGAGCAUCAAAAACACCCACAAGCAGACUGGCUGGGCAGCUAACCUAUUAAAACAGUGGCUGGCCAAAAAUGGCAAGGAUCCUAGCUUUGAAUUGGUCCCAGUAAGUGAACUCAAUGAUAUCUUAAGAGAGUUUUAUUACACGAUAAGAAAUCAUGAUGGAAAUACCUACAGUGUGGCAAGCUACAAGUCAAUGCGCGCUGGCUUAAACCGGCAUCUCAAAAUGCCGCCUUAUAAUCGUCAGAUUUGCUUAAUGAAGGACAAAGAGUUUGCCAGUGCAAACAUGGUGUUUGUGAGCGUGCUGAAGAUGCUGCGCAUGCAGGGAAAGGAUGAGACUCACCACCAUCCUCCUAUAGCUGCCGAGGACUUGCGUAAGAUUAAGCAAUCUGGUGUGCUGGGUUUGCACAGUCCCCUGGCGCUCGUCAACAAGGUGUGGUUUGAUUUGCAGUUGCAUUUUGCCAAGCGAGGGAGGGAAAUUCUAAGAGAUCUGGCUCCAGAUGCAUUUGUGGUUGAGAAGGACAAGAACGGGCGUCGAUAUGCUAUGUUUAGAUAUCCUGGUAAAGGCAAAAAUGGAGAAGAUCCUCAUAAAAUGGGUAAAAUGUACGAUAUGCCUGGGGACCCAAACUGUCCUGUAUUUUCCUUGGAACUUUAUUUGUCCAAGUUGCCUCCAGAGCCCCCUGCCUUUUACCUGCACCCUCUAAAGCUAACGUCAGAGCAAAUGCAAGAACAGCCUGUCUGGUACAAAAGAGAACCGAUGGGUGUGAACUACCUGGGUACCAUGAUGCCCAGGAUAAGUGUGGCAGCCAGGCUCUCUCAGCGGUACACUAAUCAUUCUCUCCGAACUACCACCAUCCAGCUGCUCUGUGAAGCAGGACUGGGGCCUAGGGAAAUAAUGGCAGUGACAGGCCAUCGCUCCGAGUCUGCUAUUAGGCACUACUGGGGAUCUGCAGAGGUUCGCUACAGGGCCUGGUCAGAUGUAAUGGAAAACAAUGCCCCCAGUUAUCGAUGUAGCAAGAUCCCAAAUGAAGUGAUAAAGGAAUCAGUAUCUGGUGCAUCCACCUCCUCUGUAAAAUGUACUGUUCUAGAACAAAACAAAAUUUUAUUCCCUGCAAAAUCUGUGGUGCCACCUGGCACUAACUCUGUGGCUUUAGUCCCUGAGGGACACCCAGCUCUGAAUUGCAGAAGCCCGGUGCUGUUGAACCGCAGUUCGUCCAAGGUGUUUCUCCCCAAGAGCAUGACCAGUGGGAACCUAACUGCCAGUCCCCUUCAAGGCUGUCGUAGCAAACCUGUCUUUAUAAAGCGUGUGAUAAAACAAGAACCUAUGACUUGAUGCUUCUGUAAUAGAACUGAUUUCAGAUGAAUUGCUAAAAUGGAAAAAUUAUCAGAUUUGGUUUUUUAUUUGGUCUACGAAGGAAAUUCCUUAUGGUCUAAUUCAGCAAGAAAUAUCCUGUUGGCACUCAAGAUGUCAGCUGUGGAGCAGAAAUUUAAACUGAGGAGGCUUGGAGUUUGUAUCGCUUUUUGUGGCAGCUGGGACUCUUCCAAGUGGCUGAGCAGAGUUAUUUAAAAAACAUUAAAGGGAGAUACUGAUUUCCACUUAGCUGAAGAUAUGCUUUCUUCGCUAAGAGUGUGGCUUUUAUAUUUUGUGAAGAGUGUUAUUUAUCAUUUUGUGACUGCUGGCACUAAUGUAGCAUCUUACAAAUCAAAUACUUGAUUACUGAAGAGCACCAAGAAAGUAGAAGCUGAAUGAAAUAGACACAGAUGCACUACAAAUAUAUACAUACACAUGAAAACACCUGAAAUUGCUUAACCACUGUCACCCUCUGUUCAAAUUGUUAUCAGACCUACCAGAUGACUGUGCCUUUGUUUCUUUUUUUUUUGUUUCUUUUUUUUUUUUUUUUUUAGCCUUCUUCUAAAUUUAUUUUCUCUGUGAGCUGCAGAUUUGCAUUGCAGGUCUUUCCUUUUCCUAUUUAAUAUUUUUGACUUAAGAUUCCAGUCAUUCUGAGGGCGCUAUUGAUACGUGUGGUAUCAAAAUUGGGAUCUCUUUGAUUGUACAUGAAAUAGGGAAAACAUUCUCAAAAGAGCUGAAAAAAAUUUCUUGCUUAAAUGCCAGGUAAUUAAUGUUUGUGUUGUCUUUCUGCCUAACUUGUGAGAGGGUUGGGUUUUUUUGUGUUUCUUCUCACCAUCCCCCGUCAUUACAUGUCACAUCAUCUUUGCACUCUUGUCUUUGCCAGUAUAUAUAAUUCACAAGAAGUACACCUUGUUCUUCCCCACUGAACCCUGUCCAAAUACUAUUUUUGGUUUUAACUUCUUCAGGUCAGUAAACUGGUCCUGUCAUUAUCUUUUCCCUAGAUUUUUACAGGUUAGAAAUUCUCAGCAUAGUGGAUGUGAAUAAUUUCCAUCAUAGAUUCUGACGAGAUCUUUCUGUAAAUAAAAAUAGAAAACUGGUUAUAGAAUUACAGAUUAUGGUUGGUCCACUUCGGAAGAAGAAACACUGUAGCAUUUAAAACUGUUUUCCAUAUAUUAACAAUGAAAUAGAAAUUGCUUUGUCCUUUUCAAAUGUGUGUACACAGAUGCACCUCACAUGGUUUAUCACACUGAGGACUUCACUUGAAGUGUUGAUGUUGCUCAACAAUGGACAAAAUAGGGAAAAGUCCCAGCUGAACUGACAAAUUUACCAUUAUAAACUUUUAAUUCUGUGGAGAACUUCCUUGCUGAGAUAGGCUUUCAAAUUCUGAAUGAGAUUUAUCACUCUGUUGUAGUGUAUAGUCAGUAUAGACACUGCUAUAGUCUGUACAGAGGGCUUGAUGCCUGAAUGGUGGAGUUUUUAUCUUGGCUGAUAAUAUUUACCUUUGUGACCUUGUGUCAAUUAUUCAUACUUACUGCAUCAGUUUUUCAAGGUGUAAGACCAACACAGUGCUCCAUGUUCUAAUGAAUCAUUAUAAAGGUUAAAAGGUUUUAAAAGUUCUUUAGUGAUCUUAAACUCAUCUAUGGUUGAGAUAGUUGAUGAGAUGUAAUUGUUUAUAUAGAAACUACUUCUACACGAUCCCGCUUAUUUAGUAGGAGCGUUAAUUCAUGACAUAAAAUGAGGAAAGAAAGCAUGGGUCAUUUUGUCAAGUAAAUCAAUUAGAGAUAGUAGAGAAAGUGAAAAAAAAAGGGCAAACAGUUCUCAAAAUAUAGCAGAACUGUGCAGUAACUUAUUCUAGGAUAUUUUAGGGUAACAUUGAUUUCCAAAUUUUAGGGAUUCAUAGAAUUAAUAACUCAGCAGAACUGGCAAAUUUAAUCUCUAAAUUUAAUCUAACCACCAGGAUGGGUAUGUAUUACUGUCCCCCCCGCCAAAAAAAAAAAGUUCCCAUCUUUGUCUCAGGUGGUUGCUUCUUCCAGCAUAUUGGCACUGAACAUUAAUCCUCCAGAAACAAGUGUGUUGCCAGAUGCUGCCAGAUGAUUCUGUGUUCCCACUUGCUGCAUGCUGUGGUCAUACUGACCACAUGCCCUGUUCUGGUUCUAGCUGCAGCUGGGUGACUUAGAGCAACAGCAAAUUGCUGAUGGCUUCAUUCUUCAACACAAAUCUAGUUGGUGAUUAAAAUAGAAAAAGGGACUCUCUAGGCCAGUCUUGGCACAUCUCUUACUGUUUUUGAUUAUCAUUUGGCUUCUAACUUGACUUCCGUUCUGUUGGCUUAUAAUUGGGUAUUUUUGGACUCUCAUUUGUUAGAUUCUAAUUCUGUUGGCACCAGCUAUACUGUGUCCUCUUAGUACCUUCAGUUUGAACCUGAUACUUCAAAGCUACUGCCUGCAGUAUCACUACCUUCUAGAUUUUUGUAUGGGAGAAUUUUUUUUUAUUUUUUGGUUUUUAAUAAGAAAGUAUUCCUCAUUUGGACUGCAAGUAUUAUUGCUUCACAAGACCUGGCAUCAUUAUUUACUAAGCUUUCUGGUAAACUUUGAUUUCUAAUUAGUACAACAUCUUUCUAACCUUCCAGAACUGAAAAAAAUUUUUCUCCUGUUUCCCCUCCCGCCUUAAGUGUUAAAUAAAUCUUUCCUACAUGUAUUUUCUUUCUAGAAAAAAUGAACCAAAUGCAUAUUUUGCAGCUUUUGUAAAGUCAAUUUUCGCUGUGAGUACAGUGGUACAGGGAGUAGGGAGUCAAGUUUCAAGUCUGUGCUGUUCAUGGCAGUACAGGUUAUGCUGUGUGAACAUAAUGAAUCCUAUCAAAAUGGACAUGAAUUGUACUCCUCAGUUGUAGUAUUAGCAGAGAACCUCAAAAUAGCAGGAUAACAGUUUUUGGGUCUUUUCCCAUUAUUUUUCUGCUGUAAGUGAACCUGUUUGGUGAACCAACAGGUUAAAUAUAGUUUGUUGUCUAAACUUAGAUUUAUACUUUGGCUGCAAAUUUAAUGCAAAAUAGCCAGUCAUAAUUUAAAAUUCAUUUUAAAAAUCCAAAUGUAAGAAAAAAUCUUUGAAGAAGUUUAUCUUCUAUGAUUCUUGAGUUUUCUAAUUAGAUCUUCUCCUAAAAUAAGACUGUUUCAUUUCAGUUGCAAAAAAAUCCCUACAAAGCAAAACCAGCCAACCAACCCAAAAUCCUCAACCAAAAAAAAAAUCCCAAAAAACAAACAAACAAAAAACCCACCAACAAACCAAACAACAAAAAACCCCCAGCACUUAGUCUAAGUCAACUAAAUUAAUAGUGACUGCUACGUUAUUGAUUAAAUUCCAUUUUCUUUGAUGGAGAUGACCCUGGAAACAGUGGAGAAUAACUGGUUCCGUGUAUAAUGCUUCUAUAAAUUUAGUUUUGCAUCUCAUUGUCAUAAUUCAGCUUUGGUACUAGUGUUGUGAAUAUGGGACUUGUUUUCCCUGUGCUUUCCUGUUAAGUUUGGAAAUCUCAGCUGUUACUUUAAGGGGUAGGUACUCUAAUUACUUCCUGUUUUUAUGAAGUUGGCAUGGUAUCUUAAAGUAUGUUAAAUUUUCUUUGCUUAUAUGCACCUUCUCUGUACCAUGUGAAGUGCUCCGUUGUGCACAGUGUUGAGUACCUGAAGGCAUUGGAAGGAUGCUUUGAAAUUGAAUUUGUUCUUGGGUUUGUUGUGGGUUUAGUCUAGUACCUCUGGUUAUCCUGAACUGAACUUAGUGUUUGCUGAAGUUUUCCAUAUGCAGCUUGGAUGUAUGAUUUUGCUGUGUGACUGUUUUCUUCUUUUCAGCCUUUCUCUCUGCUUCUUGCUCCAAAAGGAGUGGCUGCAGGGAUGUGGAAGGGGACAUCUUAUUACUAAUUGUAUUAGUCUUUCAUCUUCAGCUUUUUCCUGUGUACACAGAAAUUCAAGGGUUGUUAUUUGGUCCCAGUCAUUUUAUCCAUGGCCAUUCCAGUGCCUCGGGUCUUUGAGUUGCAUUUCUGAAGACAUGACAAGCACUUUUACUGCAUUGGGGCAAAUGUUAUUGUUACAGAGGCAUUUUUAAUUAUAUAGCAAAUCUUUAGAAUGAUUUAAAAGUAUUUUAGUACAAAGCCCGGUUAUAGAUACAGGAUUUAUAUAUAUUAUAUAUAAUAUAUAAAUAUAGCUAUGGUAUACUGAGAGAAUAUAUGAAAACAGUUUUAUUACACUGUAACAUAAAGUAACAGUGAACAAAUCGUAACAGGGUUUGAUGUGUUGAAAAUGUCUGGCAUAAGUCAAUCUUCAAGAAUUGUUUGCGUUAUAUUUAUUGAAACACCAGGUCAGGUGAAUAGUCUUUUUUUUCCUGUUCCUACUUCAUGUGCAGUUUAUCUUCUUACGGAGUAAAUCUGUUAUUUUAGUCUAAAUUUCAUCUGUGCAUUUCACUUUACAGCUACUAUUAGUUUAUUAAAUAAAAGUCCACCAGUGUCUUACCCAUUUCCCAUUGUUUCUGACACACCUUGAUUUCUUUGGUUGAACUACAGUUUAAGUUUAAGCUAUUUUGCUGACUGUUGGAAAUUCAUCUCGUAAAACAUUAAUAAAGUAUAUUUAUAACUCCUAUCACAUUACUCUGCAAUGUGUAACAAACUUUGUGAGUGUCGCUUAGGAAAUAAUGUGAGCAAAGUGGAUAUAUCAGUGUACAAUUUAUAAGCAGCUAUUAAUUCUAUGUUGUUGAAGCGUUUUUGAUGAAUAUGUUUCCUUGCAUUUCAUGGUUUUAUCACUCAAAUAAACGUAUAUAGUUAUAUAUGUAAAAUGGGCUGCUUGACUUUUGUCUCUGACCAUGGGGUUAUGUUCGGGCUGUUUAAAAUGCCACUAGCUCUCAUCUGUGAGGUGGAACCUUUGCCUGAGACUAAUUAGAAAACUAAAUUAUAAAGUUGUUAGCAAGACAUCAUGUAGCUGAAUUGGAUGGCUGUUUUAAGGAACACAGUUAAAGUGAAUCCAUUCUCUUGUGACUUUUAAAGUGACUGUCUUUCCCUGCGACUGUAUCUGUGUUACUUAAACUACCCCCAAGUACUGAGAGCAGUUUUUAAUGAGUAAAUACACUUGUAUAUUGUAGGCUCGGAUUUGUCAUUUGAGGCCAAAAAAUUUGGGAGAGAUAUGAAAACAAUCUCACUGAUAAUGCCAUUACUCCAGGCAUGGAUAAUAGCUUUUAAAAGCUGCAGAAAACUAAUCUGAGAAGUAUUAUAUUUCCUGUUCAAUAAGAUGGCCAACAUCUGCUCUUUGCACCAAAAAAAUGAGAGGUUAUAUAAUACAUAGGGGUUGCUAUAACUGGUUAUUAAUUUUUUCCAUGCUUGUGUUGUUCUUGUUCGGUAGGAAGUGUAGCACAGUACCAGUUAAGGGUAAGGGGAAUGGAGCAAUUGAGUGAAUGCAAAGCAUAAAGUGUCUGUUAAAAGUAUUUUUGAGUAUUACACAAAUAAGCAACCACACACUAUCAAAACAUGUAUUGCAGCACUGUGAAAUUUUGUUAGUGUGAGCUUUGAUCUUGGUAAACUGCUUGCUUUAUUACAUUAUCAUUUUCCUUGUAUCUUGGUAAGAGAUAACAAAUAUGUUUGGUACCUGGUUGAGUAGAUUAUCAUGACACCUUUGGAAGGCUGGAAUAAUUACUUCAAUUUUGUGGGAGUUACUGCAUUGGAAAAAACGGUUGAGAAGUGAUAAAUCUGACACUGAAACAGUCUGUGGCUGGAAUAUGCUCAAAAAUGUAUUUAAAAAGUAAUUUUCACAACUGCUUGAACUGUACUUGAAGUCUGUAAUUUUGUAUACAGAUGACUCAAAAUGAAAUAUUGACCUCAUAAUUAUGCAUACAAACAUGGUAUUGCCACCCUUUCUACAUGCAUUCCAUUCCCAAGACAUAUUUUUAACAUCACUCCCCAUAAUUUAAGAUUGAUUUUGCUAUUAUAUAACGCCUUGGUGCGUCAUGUAUUAUUGUGGUGGUGUGAUGCUUCAUUAAUUGUCUGGUUUACAACCUCCAGAUUUUUUUCUAGUUUGUUAUAGUAGAAACUGCUAAUAACAUUGUCUUCACUUUGUCAGUGUGCCACACAUAAUCUUCAGAAUUUCAGUCUUUACUACCCUGAAACUAUUUUUUUUACUUUGCAAUGUAUUUUUUCAUUGUUGCAUUUUUUUCCCCUUAAUUUUUCACUCUUACAUACUGAAAUGUUCCUUUAUGAAAAGCAGGUGGCAUUACAGUCAAGAACCUUGUUAUCUCUUUGUGAUGAACUGAACUGUGGCGUUAUAUAAUACCAAAACAUUUUAAAUCAUGUACAUCAUAUGUGAAUAGAGAAGUGCAUAUUCAGAACUUUCUUCAAAAUACCAAGUCGUAGCUUUUGGUUUUUCAUUUGGUACAAUACAUGUGCAUGUUGUUGAGCUGUUCCAUUUGAGGUUUCGAGGUUUCUUUCCCAGUUUUCUACAGUAGUUUGCCGUUGGCCUCUAUGUGCUGUGGUGUUUUAACUUUUUCUAUGGUAAAUUUCACAAUUGUAGUUAUGGUGGGAGAUAACUUCUAUUCUCAAUAUCAUGUCUACCAAUAUGUGUUUUGGUCCUUAAAUUGUCUCCUUCCUUACCUUUGUUUUCCUUGUGGUAUCACAAUAGAAAAAAAUCGUGUGGAUGUGUGUCUGUAUAAAAGCUUUCCCUUUCUUUUCAAAAUUGCAAAUAAUGAAUCAACCUAAUUUGCAGCAGUAAUGAUCUGAAAAAGUUGCUGGAUAGCAAAGCUAAGGAAAUAGUCUUUCUCCCACUCCAUUGUAUUUUACAACAGUGUAAAAUGCUCUCUGCAAGUAGAAAAACACAUAGAAUGGUACUAGCCUGUCUGACUGUCCCUGCUUUUCUAGAGGCAGAUGAGGAAACUGCUUCAGAAUCACUUGAAUGCCAGAGACAGCCCUUCAUUUAUUGCAAGGCUGAUGCCCUUCUGAUCUCCCUUUAUUAAUAUAUUGUUUUCUAGUGUGUGGAUUAAUUAUUUGAUACUGCAGUCGAUGACAUAGAGGAUAUUACGACAGUCUUCCAAUAGCAGGAAAAAAGUUCCUAAUUAUAAAACAUUUGCAUAGGUUUUAUUGCAAAUCUUAAUUGCAACGUCAAGUUCAGGUGACCCUAUAUUUAUCCAUUUCUGACAAGUUCCAUGAUUUUUAUUACCUCUAAGAACCCCUUUUCUGUUACACUUACUGUUUAAAUUUCUUUAAUAUCCAUAUGAUAUCCACUGGUUUUAGAAAGUCAAUGUAUAAUUUCUUUCUUUCUCAAGGAAACUGUAUCAUUGCUUCUUUUUCCUAGCGAUUAUCCCCACAAGUAUGUUUUAUUUGUCAGUCCAUCUAUUUCUCAGUACUUUCUUCCAUUCUUAAAAAGACUUUAGUGGCUGGGUUUGGAAGAAAGCAAUUAUGUUGUCUAUGCAUACACAGUAGAAAAUGCAUGAAAUUGUGAGCAUAGGUAAUUUUUACUGAUUCUUUUUAGAAAACCCUGAAUUGAAGUGUAAUUACUAAAAUAUGAAUAGAGAUUUUGUGUAAUUAAUUAAAUCAAGGUUUUGUUUCUAGUAGUUUUCAUGGUCAAGAAAAUCUGAAAAUGUUAGUUUUAUGCAAAAGUUUUGCAGUUAGUAGAACACUUAAUAGUACCAAUUUCUAAUACGAAGUAGGAAAAAAUGCACAAAUUUGAGUAGUUCCAUUCUUUUUAUGCAUACUUUUCAUUGUUUUCACUUCCAUAUGCACUAUAAAGCAGUUUCCGUGUAACUGAUAAAGAGAAAUCUAGAAGAGGUUAUGAUGUCUAUUUCAGGACUUGACAGGUUUCACUCAGAUUCUUAAAAGAGACGAGUGUUUACUCUUUCAGUUUUGCCCUUUCUUCUAAGGUCUUUCAGUUGCUGCUUUCACGCGUUCUGUGCUUGCCAUUAAAAUACUUUUCCUUCACACUUGCUAGGUUGAUGCUUGCCUGGGGCAUCUGACACACAAACAGAUCAUUUCAUGUUGGUAAUUGCAAGAGGUGUGGGCAUGACUUUGCAGGCUAAAGCAGCUGGGCAGAGGGCCUGCAGUUUGACAAGGUUUUCUUUAAAGAAUACACUUUUCAAAAGAGAUAAAGAUUGUAAAUGCGAAGGGCCUUCUUCUCAGUGUGCUGUUUCAGGGAAAAUACACAACACUGCGAAUAGUGAAGUAACUUUGCAGUACACUUACCCCGUCCUUCCAUAUUUGUGGUGGCACAGGCUCAGUUGCUGCAUGGCGACUUUAUUUUUAUUUUCUUUUCCCCUACUACCUUUCUUCUUCCUCCUGCUUCCUUUUUUCACCUUUGUUUCUGCUCUUAGUUAUACCUUGUAGUCCUCUCCCCCCCACUUCACCUUGUGUUUUGCCUUUCAUCUCCAAGUUGUUAUGUGUGUUGUCUUGGGCUGGAGCUACAUUAGAUUUCAGUAUGAAAUGUUCACUUACAGGACACAUUGCUUUUAUGCAAAAUAUUUUCAUUGCAAUUUGAAGUGCACCUACCAGCUGAAGACUAAACAUGUGGCCAUAUUAAAACUGGGAAGUCAGGAAAAGAUGAAGUCUUGUAUUUUUCUUACUUUCUUCCUAAAUUUUUUUUUACAUAGGUAUUUAAAACACUGGCAUUUCAGAAUGGGAUUUGUUAGGUUGAAUUUUUAAUUCCAUUUUUAAUUCACUUUUCUCAUUCCACUGGUGUGUUAAGACUUACACUGCUGACAGCCAUAUGAAAGGAGAGAUAUUUAAACUAAGGAGAGAUAUUUAAACUAAGGCAGCUGAGAUACAGUUGUGAUUAACAGGGUGGUUCAGUCCAUGAUGUUGCUACUUCCAAGCUAUACAAGCUUUGCUCGCCUGCUGAGAUAACACAGGUCCAAAAUGGCACUGUAAAUGACAGUGUUUUGGAGGCUUUCUACUUACUUGGAAUUUAAAGGCACAUACAUUAAAAUACACGAGCUGCAAAAGUAUGGAAAAGGGGGUUUGGUAGUUUAGAUUUAUUUUAAAUCUCAGUGUAAACUUUUUUUUGCUAGAUUACUAGAAAUUGCCCAGAUGCUGUGUUAAACAAUCAGUUUUAAGUGCAGCUUCUGUUUGGUCUGGAGGCAGGUGCACAGGUUCUGACAAAGGAUGGCAGGUUGGCUUGUGGGGUUGUGAUUUUGUUCGCUUUGCUUGGGUUUGUUUGCUUUUGUGUUUGUUAUUUGUAACUGUGACAUUUUAAAUAUAUCAGCUUAUUUAUAUCCUAAGGUAUGUGAAUCCUUUGUUACUAAGACUGGCUAGGCAGUCUGUAAACCAAAACGUCAGGCAAAUGUUUGAGGUUCUCAUUAAUGGUUUUCAUUAUUUCACUGAUGUGGCUGCACUGAUAGAAAGGUGUUAAGAUGGCAUCAUCUGUUCUGCAGAGACCAGCUGAAGCAGUUUCAUGUUGUUGGCUUCCUGUGUUUGGAGAUAGCUACAAAAUGAUAGCAGACCAGAAUGCUUUGACUAGACUUUUCUGCUUUACCAGUUUCUACCCAAAUGCUCGCUGAAAUCUAGUAUUAGGAGCUGAAAGACUUGUUCUCUUGUUUCAGUUUUUGACACAAAUGGAAGCGUUGUUCAUAAAUAACUGAAGGUCCAGUGCCAGGCUUCUUCUUGACUUCAUCAGGGCUGCAAGCAUUCUGAAGUUGUCUUCUAAUUUUGCUCAGAGCAGCAGAUCUGAAUCUCCACUUCUUAUGUGUAGCAUGGCACUCUUGUUCAAAGAUUCCCAUUCCCUCCUUUUUAAGGAAGGAAAGAGCAGUUGUUUCUCUGUAGUCUUUGUAAACUUGUACUACAGAAAUAUUUCCCUGAGAGAAUUUCUGGGUGAAAUAGUUACGAUACUAAAAAAGGGUGGUUUUAUUUUCUUGUUUGGUUGGGCACAGGAUUUUCUGAAAAUUCUUUAUUACUUGCAUUUCAGAGAUAUGAUGCCCUAUGGUUAAAUUUAUAGAUCUUAACCAUUCUGGUGGUGUCAGUACGCCAGAAAUAUCUGGAUAAGGUGAUAAAGUUGCUGUCUCAGAUCAUGGAGAUGCUUAAUUUCACCAUGGGGAAGUAGUGUGGACCAGUCCUCUAACACCAGAUUGCCGGUUCUUCCUGGAUGUCCUUUUCAUUCUUGAAUGAAAUCUCAAAUUUGAGAUAUCUACAAGUAUCUGAAAACUGUGUGUGCCAGCACAAUGGGAUACAGAAAUAGAUACUACUCCUCCUCCUCCUCCUUAUGAGUGUAGGUGGAUGCUGCAAAUAGUCAAAAUCCUAACCUUUAUGACACAAUGAGCAGUCUUGUUUUGUUUGGGGAUAUACCCUACCUACAACAUGCUCCUCUAGGUAGUAAACACAAUGUUCAGCCUUUUUGAUUUUUCAAGUUUCCUUAAGAUUUUUUGUACCCCUAAAUUUCAUUUGAGGGAAAUGCAUGGUCAGUGAAGUAGGGGAAUCUGGCUGGGAACUUCAUGGUGUGCUGUGUAUUGAGUACAGCAUCUGCUGGGAGUAGCUGGAAUGUGUGUCUUGGAACCAGGACUGGGGGCGUUCUGCAGAGCUCUACUCAAAGGCUGCCCUGCAGAUCUGCAGCUUCUGGGGUGGGCUGCAGAAAGAGCCUUAUUAUUUCUGGAUAGCUCCUGUUGAGGAGAUUGCUGUCCAGGGUCAUUUAAUAAAAAAUCUUGAAUAGUGUGGCUGGUCUAGAGAAGGUCUUUCUUCCUGAGAAUUGCAUGUAUGAGACCUUGUUGGCUGAGUUGAUUUAAUAAGCCUGUUUAACUAACUCAGAAUUUUGGCCUUCCAAACAAAUCAAAAUAAAGAAUUGCAUGCUGUGACACUUGCUGACUUGGAAAUUCAAAGAACUUUUUCAAUAGGCACAGUCAAGUAGGGCUUUAAAACAUUUAGCUGUCAUACAGAGUCUUUUUCUAAGGAUUUUGAUUUCCUUGCAGAGGAAGAAUUGAAAGGAAGUUACUUCAGACUAAUGCAUUUUUAGUAGGAUGAAAUUAAUAGCUUGAUAUUCGAUUUUCUUCUUUCUGUAGUUCCUUUUAAAUCUCCCUCUCCAUUUAUCAAUCUACUUUCUCCUGGCACAGAGAGCCAUGGUUCAAAAUACACAUUGUUGUCUGGGAAGAUCGUCCAGUUGGAAUGAAAUUCCUCUUGACUUUAUGCUAAUCAACUAAUCAUUGAUUAUUUUAAUGUGCCUUUUUCUUGGGCUUCAAGUGGUUAAAUCAGCUCAUCAUACUAAGAAACCUGAAGCUAGAAAGUAUUUUAAAUAGCAGCCACUCAACAGAAGAGUUCUGUGGCUAAUAAUUCUGAAAUAUGUUUCUCUGUGUAUUGGAAAGAUGAAUCCCUAUAGAGAAUCUCUUCUAUCUCCUGUGAACAUAAGUAGUUUGAUAUUUUGUACUUUAUUUUGGUAUUGUAUUUUAUUAGCAGGAUUUCAUCAGUGGCAACAUCAGUAUCUAAGGCAAAAACAAAUCAGGUUGUAAUAAUGGAUAAUAAAGUGAACUGUCAUGUCAGGCACUCCAGAUUCAGUGGCUGAUAACUCAGGCAGCUUCAACUUGCAUGUAGUAAUCAUACAAUACCUCUUUUUGCCUCUCCUCAGAGCCUUGCCUGUGUGAGGAUUGCCUGUAGGACUUCCUUAAAGGCUUGGUUUUUCCCAAAUGAAAGGUCAUAGAGCAAAUAAUCUCAAUGCUUAGGCUUUGUGCAUCUGUCACCAUCUGCACAGAAAAAUCUCUAUUAUUCCUAGGGUGUAUCAUGUCAGUAUUUGUACAGACCAUGUGGGUCUGGUAACUUAUACUUUUUCCCGUGUUAAUUGCUCAGAUAUUUGAUAAUUAUGGUGCUUUUGUAACUCCUCGUCUGUCCUAAGGAAACUUGUUUACUCUAAUCCAUAAAUCUGUAGCAGUUCAGUCCAAGAAUAAGGUAUAAUCUCUCCACAAAACAACAACAAAAAGAAGAAACCUCAACUACUUUCUGUAGCAAUUUUAAAGAAGUAGAAACUCAUAUAAUCUUUUUUUUUUUUUCCUAGAAAGUGUCUUUAAAAUCACAGAAAUACAUAAGACCUCCCCCAUAUUUUUCUCAUCACCUAAGGGAAGAUGUUAGUGAUCUCUGCAGUCUGACCAGCCAAGGGACAGCAGUUGAUCUAGAAGAUAAAUCUUGUUUGGUGGUCUUCUAGGGUUUUUUGUGAAAAGAUAUAACCUGGGCAAUAGCUUUAAAGAUCCCCUUAUGCUCUCUAAAGGGAAGGUUAAAAAUAGGUUUGUAUGUAGAAUAAUAAAUGCUAAAAUUUGUCAUAAUGGGUGAGAAUACAGUAAUGACAUUACUGAAUACAGUUGGAGUUUUCUGAUGGUUUUUGAUGUGUUUUGUAAGUUUUGAUGUGUUUUGUAAGCAUACAAGUUCCAAUGUAGCUUUCCCUUUUUCUUAAUGUCAAGUCAGUGUCUUCAUAAGUUCAGAGGCAAAGAUGUCUCCAGAUAAGCAAUGCAUUGUCCUGAUGACUGCUCUGUCAGAAAGUUACACCACUGCAGAGGAAAGGACAGGUUACAACCAGAUUAAAAUGUUAGGAGCCAUAGCUGAAAUAUACUUUAUACCAGCAAUAUACUUUAUGCAUUUACCUGUAAAAUAGCAAUGUGCUACUAUUCAUCAGGGGUUUUUACUCCUUACAAAGCUGAAAAUACUUUAAUACUUGUUACUGCAAUACAGUCAUUUGGUUAUGGCCCAUUUUUCAAGUCCUGGGAUAUUCGUCUGAAAUUACCUUCUCUUGAUCAUUUCAUCAGUUCCUUUCUAAUAAGUAUCAAUUCUGAGACCUCUCCUGAAUGUUCAAUGUGUCCCUUUUCCACCUCUGUUCCCUGGAUCUGCUUUUGCAAAACAAAGGAGUUUUGUC